AUGGGAAAAUCGGGCAGAGACAUGAAUGGUGGACCCCGCUCUUUUCUCUCUCUUUCUUUCUUUCUUUAUUUAACAACUUCGUUUCCGUCGUCUCGAGUUUAUGAAAAUAAGGCUAAAGUGAAGAGUAAGAAGGAGGAGAUCGAAGCAAUGUCGGGACUUCCAGAGGAGAUAUAUCUUGAAAUCCUGUUAAGGGUAGCAGCCAGAUCCACAUAUGACUGUAAGUGUGGAUGCAAGACUUGGCUUCGUCUCAUUUCUAAUCUUAGUUUUAUCAAAAGGCAUCUUAAUUAUACUCUUCUGAAAAACAAACCUAAUCUUAUGCUUAGAAGGCAAGAAGGUAGUGUUAAUUUUAUAUACACCAUUAGCAAGAAUAGUGAAUUGUUUGAUGAAACUGAUGCUAUUGAAUCAAAAUACCCUUUUCAAUUUGAAUCUAAUUAUCAUGUUGUUGAAUUAUUGGGUUCGUGUAAUGGAUUAGUUCCCCUAAGGAAUGAGGAUGAUUAUUGCGAUGAGGAUGAUUAUUGCGUCAAGGAAAUCCUUCGUAUUUGGAACCCAAUAACAAGAGAAUCAAGAAAUUACCUAAGUCACCAAAUGCUAUUUUGCAAGAAGAAAUUGGCAUUUUGUAUUUGGUUAUGA